AUGGAUAACAGUUCAGUUGCUCUGGAGCGCAUCGCACAGAUAGAGUUGUUCGAUGUCGAAUUAAUGCAGCUGCUUCAGUGGAUUUUUGCCGAGUAUCUCAUAACAUUCGUUUGCACAUGCUUCAUUAUCACCUCCACGGACAUCCGGCUGGCCCGAACUCUAACGGAAGGCUUUCCUCAUCCAUUUAUCGUGAUUGAUUUCGCAACCGGCAAUCUGGAUGUCCUGCAGCAAGCCAUCGAAAACGGGUGUCAGUCAUUCGUUCUGACACCAUCGACGGGCCUCGAAUUUAUGGAUCACUUCCGCUACGUGCACGAUCGUACCAUCGCACGCUAUCCGUCGAAACGGGUGUUUAUCGUGGGUGGCCCUGAUGAUACCGUGGUUGAAUUCGAGGACACAGUACACCGCAUUCUAAACCACAGUGCUAUAGACGAUUUGAUGGAUCUGCUUCUUGUGCAACCAGAUGUAACCCGGCAGCGAGUAGAUCUGUUCACUAACGGAUUGACGACGGACGAGUUAACACGGUUGGAUUGCUACGAUCUCCGCAGCAAUUGGCGAUCUUCAGCCAAUGGCGUAAAUUUGUUCCCCAACAAACGGGCAAAUCUAAGACAACGUUACAUUCGGCUAAGUAUCUUCAACUAUCAACCUUACACGGUGUGGCGCAAAGUCGAAACACCACACGAGGCCAACUCUUAUCUCGACCAUCGUCCAGCGAUACACAUCGAUGGAACCGAAUCGCAGCUAUUCAUUGAAUUCUGUGCCAGCCGGAACUGCCGGUUGGAGAUGUCGGUGGAUGAUGUCGGCGAGUGGGGCCAGAUAUACGAUAAUCGCACUGGUGAUGGCAUUCUUGGGGCCGUGGUCGAACGGAGGUCAGAUAUUGGUGUCGGAGCACUGUACUCCUGGCAUCAUGAGUUUGGAUAUUUGUCCCUCUCGAAACCAAUCUCGCGCACCGGUGUCACUUGCAUCGUGCCAAAGCCCUUACCACUGUCCUCCUGGAUGACUCCCAUUCUACCGUUUUCACCGUUCCUCUGGAUUGCCGUGAUUGCAACGUUCGUGAUUGCUACCUUUUUCGAAGUUCUCGUCAGCUUUGGGGCUCAGAAGAUCAAUGGCAAGCAGAACACUGGUCACGUUGAUGUUUGCGAGUCCGUGAUGGUGAUAAUGGCCAUCUUCAUUCUGCAAACCGUGCUGCUGCGGAUCAACAAAACGCCGAUCGUAUCGCAAAUGCUGCUCAUCGGGUCCCUGCUGUUGGUUGGUCUGAUGAUUGGGAACGCGUACAGCGGGGGUCUCGCUAGUGUUAUGACGGUUCCACGAUUUGAAAAGUCCAUCGACACGGUGCAGGAUCUGGCCGAUCGUAACCUACGCUGGGCAUCAACGCACGAUGCUUGGAUCUUUUCGAUUCAACUUGCAACACAGCCAACGAUUGUAAAGUUGCUGAAGAACUUUGGCACUUACCCGAAGGAUGUGUUGCACGAGCAUGCCAAGCGGCGUGAUAUGGGAUACAGCAUCGAGCGGCUUCCCUACGGACACUACGCCAUCGGCGAAUACAUUACCGAUAGCGUGACUGGCAAUUUUGAAAUCAUGCUCGAGGACAUCUACUGGGAGGCUUGUGUCGCAAUGGCCACCAAAACCUGGCCGCUAAUGAACGAGCUCGACGAGCUGACGCUACUUAUCUCCCAGAGCGGAAUCCAACAGCACUGGGAAAGCAAGGUGGUGUCGAAGUAUGCUGAUAAUAAGGUCCAACACGCCAUUUCCAUCUCUCGUCAUUUCGACAAUCCGGGACCCAUCGCGCUACAACCAUUGCACCUGAUCGGAGCCUUUUUCCUGCUCGGUAUUGGACUGGCCUGUGGGAUGAUAUGCUUUGUGAUGGAGCAACUAUGGCAUCAAUGGUCCAUCGGUCGACCGAUGAUUGCUGGUAGGACCCUCUGA